AUGGAUUUCAAGUAUACAAGAAGAACUAGCAUGGGAAACUGCAGUAAUGAAGAUGUCUGCAAGCACAGUUUCUUCACCAAAUCCCCACCUCUCUCUCUUUUCUACAAUCAGAGUUCCUGGAAAAGGAGACAUUUUGUUCUUUUCAAGUCCAGCGAUGGUUAUCUCCUUAAGUAUUCUAAAGGACCGCACAAAAAGGGCUGUAUUGAAAUCAACAAGAAUUCAGAAAUAGAAAUCGGUAUAGGGGACAGUGAGAAAAUGACAGCUGUGAAGAGGAUGUUUAAAUGCCAGCAGUCAGAAGUGAUGACCAUCAAAACAGAGGAGAGGACUUACUACCUUAUUGGAAAAGAUAGCAAGGAAAUCGAGGAAUGGGCUAACUUCCUAUUUGCGGCCUGCAAUGAAAACGAGACGAACGUAAACGAAUGGCAAACUCAGACACUCAUCCAGCUGAGACCUAGAAACCGUUCCCAGUCUUCACCCAGUCUUUAUCCCAGUGACUACUGGGCUGAUACUGGCAAGGAGGAUCUACAUGAGGGCAAUGAAUAUGAAGAAAUUUCUGCAGACAAAAAAAGGCCAUGUUCAGAUCCUAGCCCUCAACCACCCCAUGAAGGAAGCCCUCCUUAUGAGUCACUAAGAAAAUUAUGUCAGAUAUGCCUACCAAGUAAUCACGAUAUAUGUGAAGAACAGAGAAAAGGAAAGCCUGGAAAAGAGGAGAAGGAGGAAGACAGUGAGCAGCCAUAUUAUGCUACUCCAAAAAGUGUUCUGGCUGAGCUGGAUCAUGUUAUUGCUGAAUGCAGCAAUCAGGUAGAGAACCUGAGUCCAGAUAACAGAGAUGAUGGCCAAAUUGGACUUUACAUGUCCAUGAAGAACCAGUUGAAUAAAGAGGAAAUCCAGCCUGCAUGUACAAAUGCUGCAUUGGUGACCCUUCCCAGAAGCCAGGAAAACAGCACGGACCUAAACAGGGGCAUGGGCGUCCAACCACUCAUUGAAAGCAACACGAGAGCCAAGGAGCUUCUACCAGAAAAUAAAAUAAAACAGCUAACGGUGGUUCGGUUGUCCAAACUUCUCGAUAAAAUCACAGAUGCUAGCCAACUAGAACAGGUGGAUAUUCUCCUUCCGCAGAAUGAGGCUAUCAAUUGCCUGACACUCAAAGAAGCAACUGGAUGUGUAUGCGUCUCCCAAUGGAAAGGUCCACAUCACUUAAAUUGUAUAUUUCAUUAUGGGGAUCACAUAAUGGCUGUGAAUGACCUACAUGUGACGAGUACAGAUGAGGUUUUUUUAUUCAUAAAAAGAGCCACAAGAAGGGAGGUUAAACUAACUGUACGUCGGCUACCAGAUUCAGAAAUUUUCCAUACUGAAGGAUGUAUGUGUAAAAAAAAGGAACAAGACAAGGAAGUUAGCAGUCAAGAGGUCCUUUUUAGUUCUGGGCAAAAAAGGGAUGAAGAGUUAAAUCCUGCUUUCAUAACACCAAUGGAUCAAUCAAAGCUGUAG